UCGGGAUAGGAUCGGGAGGAGUUUACUUUCCAGAUCCCUGUGCAAUAUCAAAUACAAAGUAAUAUUCUAAUACCUAGGCUAGAGUAAAAAAAUCGCAGAAACAAUGAAGCAAAUCUUGAUCGCUUCACUCUUGUGCCUGUCACUCGCCCAGGCUACUUUGUUUAAGAAAAAGAUUAUCUUCACCUCCGAAGCUGACGGUAGCCACGGUGGCCACGGUGGUCACGGUGGCUUUUCCUUAGGAGGAGGAAGCAUCGGUUUUUCGUUCGGUGGUGGUCUUCACGGCGGCGGUGCUGGUAAUGGUGGUGGAGGUGCUUCCGGUGGAUAUGGAGGAGGUGCUGGUGGACAUGGAGGAGGUUCUGGUGGAUAUGGAGGUGCUUCCGGUGGACAUGGAGGUGGUUCCGGUGGAUAUGGAGGAGCUUCUGGUGGAUAUGGAGGUGCUUCCGGUGGAUAUGGAGGAGGUUCCGGCUACGGUGGAGCUGCCGGUGGAGGUCCAGUCCAUUCCGGAUCAGGUGCUGGCGGAGCGCACGCUGGUGCAAGUGCAAGUGCAGGUGCAAGUGCCAGUGCUGGAGCCGGAAGUGGCUAUUCCGGACAGGGUAACUACGACGGCCAUGGUCAUGGACAACCGUUGCAGCCUCCAACCGGUCAUCUAACACCUCCGGCCGGUGGUCAAGCUUCCAGUGGAUACGGAGGCAGUUACGCACACGCACACGCUCACGCCAAUGCUGGAGUCAGCUCGGGAGGACACGUCGAUCAUUCGAGCGUUCCCCAAGGAACACCAGCUCACCAACCAGCUCCGGCUCCCGGUCACGGUGGACAUGGACACCACGGAGGAGGUCAUCCAGCUCCACCACCACCACCAACGAUCGUGACGGUUGUGAAGGAAGUCCCGGUGACGGUAGUGAAAGAGGUUCCGGUUCUGGUGCCACAUGGCGGUGGUGGAGGUGGCUAUGGAGGGCAGGCAGCCUCGGCCGGUGCAAGUGCAAGUGCAAGUGCACACGCGAGUGCAGGUGCCAGUAGUGGAGCUGGUGGCUUCGAUGGCCAUACCGGAGGGUACGAUGGUGGAGCGGGUGGAGCUGGAGCCGGAUACGGUGCGCAUGGUGGUAGUGGAGGUGGUCACGGAGGUCAUAGUGGUGGUAGCGGAGGGCACGGUGGAGGUCAUGGGGGAUUGUCGUUCACCAAAACGAUCACUCUCGAGAAGUCCUUCAACAAGCAUAAACACUUGUUACACCAUCACGGCUGGUAGUUGAAAGUCGUUGCAGUUGCAGACGCAAAUGACAAGAUUUCAAUACCGUUUCCGGAAGUGCGUUUCACCGCACAGUCACAGAGCGUUAAGCAAAUAAAGCCCCCAAAGUAAGACGUAAACUU